GUCUCCACACAGCACCAGCUGUUUGGCGCUCUCUCUUCACCCCCCGUUCCCACUCUCCUGUCCUGGGGCAUCCACGACUAUGACUGACAGGUCGGGGCGGUCCACGUACCCCCUCUCUUCAUGACCAUGAAUGUUCCAAGAUAUCACCAGGAAAGCCCACAGCCUAUGGCCCUGCAGGACCUGCCGACACAGGACGGCCCAUCUACAUCAGGGGAGCUGAAGGCUGACCCUGAUGUGCGUCCAGAGCAGGAGUCAUGUCCUGUGUGUGGCGAUCGAGUGUCCGGCUACCACUAUGGGCUUCUGACCUGUGAGAGCUGCAAGGGCUUCUUUAAGCGCUCUGUGCAGAAUAAUAAGCGCUACACCUGCACUGAGAGGCAGAGCUGCCCUAUGGAUCCGGCUCAGAGGAAGAGGUGCCCCUACUGCCGCUUCCAGAAGUGCCUCGCUGUGGGCAUGAAGAGAGAGGCUGUGAGGGCAGACAGAAUGCGGGGUGGACGGAACAAAUUUGGACCCCUCUAUCGUCGGGACAGGCAGCUCAAACAGCAGAGAGGGGGCUUUCACCAAGCCAGCACUGCCCACUACAGGAUCAAACUAGAAGUACCACAAGCACCUUUGCCUGCGUUAUCACAUGACUUUCACCUACUGCCCGGCCCUUUCCCGGCAACCCUCGGCCCUGACCCCUUCCACCAAUCACAGCCCAUUUCCCCCACAGUCAGCCAGCCUGAGCUACCUGUGGUGUUGGACUGCACCAUGGCCAGAGAAAGAACACUGACUGCUGCAGGCCUUCCCUAUGGUGGACUUUACCACCCUGGUUUUCACGGUUACCCUCAUGAGAAGAGGGAGAUGGCCUUUAGCUACAGUCCGGCCUCUGUGAUGCCCCCGACCGCAGGUGCAACGCACAGCCUUCCCACACCGGUGCUCACACCCCCUUCCACGCACACACCAACGUCCACUCCCGCACUGACCUUUGACCCCCCAGCAUCCAGCACAAGCUUCCUGAGUGAGCUGCUGCAAGGUGAGCCAGAGGAGUCACAGGUCAGCGCACGGGUGGUAGCCAGCCUGCGGAGAGAGCAGGCCAGCCGCGGCAAACAUGACCGUCUCAACACCUUCAGUAUCAUGUGCAAGAUGGCUGACCAGACGUUGUUUGGGCUGGUGGAGUGGGCCCGAAACUGCACGCUGUUCAAGGAACUUAAGGUGGAGGAUCAGAUGGUGUUGCUGCAGAGCUGCUGGAGUGAGCUGCUGGUCCUGGACCACCUGUGCCGACAGGUGGCUUAUGGGAGAGAUGGCAGCAUCUACCUGGUUACAGGGCAACAGAUUGAGGUGUCUACAGUGCUGUCCCAGGCUGGGCCGACGUUGAGCAGUCUAGUCUCCAGGGCGCAGGACCUGGUGUCUAAGCUUAGGGCUCUUCAGCUGGACAGACAGGAGUUUGUCUGUCUUAAGUACCUCGUUCUCUUUAACCCAGAUGUGAAGUCCGUGCAGGGCCGACAGGAGGUGGAGCGCACACAGGAGCGGGUGAACAGAGCUCUGAUGGCACACACCCUGCAGACUCACCCUGGUCACUCCGAUAAGUUUGGCCAGCUGUUGCUCCGGUUGCCUGAAGUGCGCAGCAUCAGCCUGCAGGUGGAGGAGUACCUGUAUCAGCGCCACCUGCUGGGCGACCUGCCCUGCAACUCGCUGCUCACCGAAAUGCUGCAUGCCAAGCACACCUGACACAGCCUUUCUGCAACUUGUUAGGAUAUUUAAGUGCCUUACUGUCUUUUAAAUCACCCCUAGCCCUAAAGCACUGAGGAAAGCAACCAAACACGCACAACGCAGUUUGCAAAAAAGUCAGAGACUAUCCUUCAUUUUUUUUAACUACCAAAUUAAGCCGCCAUUAGUUACAGCUCAUAUCUUUUUUCGGAUAUUAUGAGGAUAUUAGAUAUAAGAAAAUCCACUUGCAUAACAAAGUCAAAGAAAAAUAAAACAGGCAUGUCCAAUACAGGAGUUCAAAAUAAUAUUAGAAACAACCAUGCAAGACCUGGUUGACCACCAAAACUGUCCCCCAUCUGAUAAACAGAAGGACUUCAAAAAAAAAUAAAUAAAAAACACCUUCAGUGUUUCUCUCCAUCCUUCCACUGUGAGAAGACAGCACUAGGGGUUUUAAAGGAUGUGUAGCAAUCAAGAAGUUCUUACUGAGAAAAUCUGUAAAUCAAAAAACCUGCUGAAGUUCUGUGAACAAUUAAUUGCCCACCCCAGAGCUGAGACCAUAUCACCACUGAAUGUGUUUGGGACCACUUGGAACAGGAAACAAGGAAAAUACUGUACAAUAGACUUCUAAGACCGAACUUUGGAGCUGCAGGAAAAUAUCAGGCAAUACUUUAUUUGGAGUAGUCCUUUGUAGAUGAUUAAUAAACUCUUAACAGACUAUCAGUAACACAACAACAUAUCAGUAAAGCAGCAGUAGUGAAGCAUCUGAAUACACUGAAGUAAAUAUCUUGUAGAUGUCCUGUUCAUAUAUUACUUAACAUUAACAAUAUAUUUGCUUAAUGUAUGUCUGUUAUGCAACACCUAAAUCUCACCAUAACCUCAACCCAAAAUCUUAACCAUAACCCUCACCACAAGCUCAACCCAACACCUAACACUCACCAUAACCUUAUCCCAACACCUAACCCUCACCAUAACCUCAACCCAACACCUAACCCUCACAUAACCUCAACCCGACACCUAACCCUCACCCAUAACACCUCAA